GGCUUUUAGGUGGUUAAUUGAAGAUAAAAGUCUUAUGGAUUUUCCUGCCCUGGCUGGAUUUGAACUGUGAUCCCCAGAUCUCAGCCUCCUAACUAGCUAGGAUUACAGGCAUGAGCCACCUGUACCUGGCUUAGUUUAAUUUUAUAGACUGGAAAGCUUUCAAGUUCUAGAAUUUACCUAAGGUCACGUCAUGAGCAAAAGGUAGAGCCAAGCUUUGAACCCAGGAUCUCUGACUGCAGAGUUUAUUCCCUAUCCCACUGUGCCAUGUACAGGCUCUUUGACAAGAUGGAUCUGCACUGUGGUCUGCUGCACAGACCCAGGGGCAUGCGUCACCAACGCCACUGCUUCCCAGGCUGUGGACCACCGCGCCUCUUCCUCUCAGCUUGCUCAGAUCCUGCCUCAUCGACCGACGGUGCCCUAUGUAUCUUAUGGCACCUUGUUUUGCCUCCCUCCCGCUGGAAUAUUUCUUCCCCACCAGGCUGCUCAAUCCUUGAGAGCAGAACCUGGCUCUCAGCCAUUCUCAUGGCCGCAGCGCCUGGCAAAGCACCUGGCAUGCAGAAAAUAGCUAGCCAAUGAAUGUCGUUGUUGAACAGAGACAUCCUGCCACAAAUCCUUUUGACACUGAUCCGCACACCUCCUUGCUGACCAUGAAUGGGAUGGCCAACGUGAAUCCCACCAGCCGCCCUCACUAUGCCUCCUCCAUCCCUGUGCCCCGAGCUUCCUCCCAGACCAGGAUUCAUACCCCAGGAGCCUCCCCUCAGCUGCCACCACGCCAGGCUGGUCUGGCCCUCAGUCCUCAGAGAGCAGCUUCUCCAAGGCUGGGCAAGGCUGCAGGCUCCAGAAACUCCUCCCCUAAGUCCUCCUGGGGGAGAGGCACCCCAAAAGUUUCAGGGGUAGUGAAGGAACUGGCUGAGGAUAGUAAAAGCCUCCCUAGCUCCCCCUGGAACAGCCCCAAGGGCACCCCGAAAGCAGCCCUGUCCAGCCAAGCUGGAUCCCGAAGGGUAGGGGAGACACCAGGUACCCAGGGAAAGAAGAAGAAGACCCAGGAAGGAAUUGUGAUCCGCCAGACCCGGGGCCGGAGCCCACCCCCAGCCAGUGCCCAUGGAGAAACUCCAACACCGAGGGCUCCAGAGGGACGGAAGCCUCCUGGUUGCCCCGGAAAAGAUCCAAGAGACAUAAACUACAAAAGUUCGGGAGCCUCCAGGUCUUCAGAAGCCGAUGCAGAAGCGGCCUCGGAGCCCCCCUCUCCGGCGUGCAGCCCUGCACACAGCAAGUGGCCCUGCUCCGCCCCAGGGGUCAUCAACUUCUCCUCGGCCCAUCAGCAGAGCCAGCCCGUCACCGCCACCGUGGCCCCCUUCCAGUACAGGUUGCAGACAGACCAGGACCCUGACCCUCUCCCCCAGAGCAGCUGGGCUCUUGAUGGCUACUCCAGGGUCCCCAGCAGGACCGAGGGAGGCUUCUGCAUUGACGCGCGGGCCGUCCAUGCGCUCCCGGCGGGCAGAAUGCUGGGCAGCGGCGGCGUCAAGAGCGCGCAGCCCGAGGCGGAGCUGAGCGGCGGCGGCGGCGGCGGCGGCGGGGACGAGGGCGCGGACGAGCCGCGGGGAGCCGGCAGGAAGCCGGCCGCCGGCGACGGCAAAGCCAUGCUCCCCAAGCGCGCCAAGGCGCCGGCCGGCGGCGGCGGCGUGGCCAAGACCGGCGCGGCCGAGCUCAAGGUCUUCAAGUCGGGCAGCAUGGACAGCCGCGUCCCCGGAGGGCUGCCCACCUCCAACCUGCGCAAGCAGAAGUCCCUCACCAACCUCUCCUUCCUCACCGAUUCCGAGAAGAAGCUGCAGCUCUACGAGCCCGAGUGGAGCGACGACAUGGCCAAGGCGCCCAAGGGGUUGAGCAAGAUGGGGUCCAAGGGCCGCGAGGCGCCGCUCAUGUCCAAGACGCUGUCCAAGUCCGAGCACUCGCUCUUCCAGCCCAAGGCCGGCCCGGCGGGCGGCGCCAAGACGCCCCUGGCCCCGCUGGCCCCCAGCCUGGGGAAACCCAGCCGCAUCCCGCGGGGACCCUACGCCGAAGUCAAGCCCCUCAGCAAGGCGCCCGAGGCGGCCGUGAGCGACGAUGGCAAAUCCGACGACGAGCUGCUCUCCAGCAAGGCCAAGGCGCAGAAGGGCUCCGGCGGGCCCGUGCCCUCCGCCAAGGGACAGGAGGAGCGGGCCUUCCUCAAGGUGGACCCCGAGCUAGUGGUCACCGUGCUGGGCGACCUGGAGCAGCUCCUCUUCAGCCAGAUGCUGGAUCCAGAGUCCCAGAGGAAGAGGACGGUGCAGAACGUCCUCGAUCUCCGACAGAACCUGGAAGAGACCAUGUCCAGCCUGCGAGGCUCCCAGGUGACUCACAGCUCCCUGGAGAUGACCUGCUAUGACAGCGACGAUGCCAACCCUCGCAGCGUGUCCAGCCUCUCCAACCGCUCUUCCCCUCUCUCGUGGCGCUACGGCCAGUCCAGCCCGCGGCUGCAGGCUGGCGAUGCACCCUCCGUGGGCGGAGGCUGCCGCUCCGACGGCCCGCCCGCCUGGUACAUGCAUGGGGAGCGUGCCCACUACUCACACACCAUGCCCAUGCGCAGCCCCAGCAAGCUCAGCCACAUAUCCCGCCUGGAGCUGGUCGAGUCCCUGGACUCAGAUGAGGUGGACCUCAAGUCUGGCUACAUGAGCGACAGCGACCUCAUGGGCAAGACCAUGACUGAGGACGAUGACAUCACGACCGGCUGGGAUGAAAGUAGCUCCAUCAGCAGUGGGCUUAGUGAUGCUUCGGACAACCUCAGCUCCGAAGAGUUCAAUGCCAGCUCCUCACUCAACUCCCUCCCAACGACCCCCACUGCCUCUCGCAGGAACUCUACAGUAGUGCUGCGCACAGACUCAGAGAAACGCUCCCUGGCAGAAAGCGGGCUGAGCUGGUUUAGUGAAUCAGAGGAGAAAACCCCGAAGAAACUGGAGUACGACAGCGGCAGCCUGAAGAUGGAGCCUGGGACUUCCAAGUGGCGAAGGGAGCGGCCCGAGAGCUGUGAUGAUUCGUCCAAGGGUGGAGAACUGAAAAAGCCCAUCAGCCUGGGACAUCCGGGCUCCCUGAAGAAGGGCAAGACCCCACCGGUGGCCGUCACUUCCCCCAUCACCCACACAGCCCAGAGUGCCCUCAAAGUUGCAGGCAAGGCUGAAGGCAAAGCUACAGACAAGGGUAAGCUGGCAGUGAAGAAUACUGGGUUACAGCGCUCCUCCUCCGAUGCCGGCCGGGACCGCCUGAGUGAUGCUAAGAAGCCCCCCUCGGGCAUCGCGCGUCCCUCCACCUCAGGAUCCUUCGGCUAUAAGAAGCCUCCUCCCGCCACAGGUACAGCCACGGUCAUGCAGACGGGGGGCUCUGCCACUCUCAGCAAGAUCCAGAAGUCCUCAGGCAUCCCUGUCAAGCCAGUCAACGGACGCAAGACUAGCUUGGAUGUGUCUAACAGCGUAGAGCCUGGAUUCCUGGCUCCGGGAGCCCGUUCCAACAUCCAGUACCGCAGCCUGCCCAGGCCCGCCAAGUCGAGUUCUAUGAGCGUGACCGGCGGUCGGGGUGGGCCUCGUCCUGUUAGCAGCAGCAUUGACCCCAGUCUCCUCAGCACGAAGCAGGGAGGUCUUACGCCCUCCAGACUGAAGGAGCCUUCUAAGGUGGCCAGUGGGCGGACCACUCCGGCUCCUGUCAAUCAGACAGACCGGGAAAAGGAAAAGGCCAAAGCUAAGGCCGUGGCCUUGGACUCAGACAACAUCUCCCUGAAGAGCAUUGGCUCCCCAGAAAGCACGCCCAAGAACCAAGCAAGCCACCCUCCAGCCACCAAGUUAGCAGAGCUGCCACCAACCCCUCUCAGGGCCACGGCUAAGAGCUUUGUCAAGCCACCGUCACUAGCCAAUCUAGACAAGGUCAACUCCAACAGUCUGGAUCUUCCAUCAUCCAGCGACGCCCAUGCUUCCAAGGUCCCAGAUCUGCACGCUACGAGCUCAGCAACCGGGGCUCCUCUCCCUUCCUGCUUCACUCCCAGUCCAGCCCCCAUCCUCAAUAUUAACUCGGCCAGCUUCUCCCAGGGCCUAGAGCUCAUGAGCGGCUUCAGUGUCCCCAAGGAGACCCGCAUGUACCCCAAACUCUCAGGCCUGCACAGGAGCAUGGAAUCCCUCCAGAUGCCAAUGAGCCUGCCCAGUGCCUUUCCCAGCAGCUCCCCCAUCCCCACCCCUCCUGCUGCCCCCACCGCCCCCUCAGAGGAAGAGACUGAAGAGCUGACCUGGAGUGGAAGUCCCAGGGCUGGACAGUUGGACAGUAGUCAGCGGGAUCGGAACACCCUUCCCAAGAAGGGGCUCAGGUACCAGCUUCAGUCCCAGGAGGAGACCAAGGAGAGGCGACACUCCCACACCAUUGGGGGACUGCCAGAAUCCGAUGACCAGGCAGACCUGCCUUCCCCCCCUGCGCUCUCCAUGUCCCUGAGUGCCAAGGGCCAGCUCACCAAUAUAGUGAGUCCCACGGCGGCCACCACGCCAAGAAUCACCCGCUCCAACAGCAUCCCCACCCACGAGGCGGCCUUCGAGCUGUACAGCGGCUCCCAAUUGGGGAGCACCCUGUCCCUGGCCGAGAGACCCAAGGGAAUGAUUCGGUCAGGAUCCUUCCGAGACCCCACGGACGACGUUCACGGCUCCGUGCUCUCCCUGGCCUCCAGUGCCUCCUCCACUUACUCCUCCCAAAUCCGGAAGCUUCGUAGGGAACUUGAAUCAUCCCAGGAAAAAGUGGCCACCUUGACAUCUCAACUCUCUGCCAAUGCUAACUUAGUGGCUGCUUUUGAGCAGAGCCUGGUGAACAUGACAUCUCGCCUGCGACACCUGGCAGAAACAGCCGAGGAGAAGGACACUGAGCUGCUGGACCUCCGAGAAACGAUCGACUUUCUAAAGAAAAAGAACUCUGAGGCUCAGGCCGUCAUCCAGGGAGCCCUGAAUGCCUCCGAAGCCACACCCAAAGAACUCCGGAUCAAGAGACAGAACUCCUCAGACAGCAUCUCGAGCCUCAACAGCAUUACCAGCCAUUCCAGCAUCGGCAGCAGCAAGGACGCUGACGCCAAAAAGAAGAAGAAGAAGAGUUGGCUUCGGAGUUCUUUCAACAAAGCCUUCAGUAUAAAAAAGGGACCCAAGUCUGCCUCCUCCUACUCUGAUAUUGAGGAGAUUGCCACUCCCGACUCCUCAGCACCCUCCUCCCCAAAGCUGCAACAUGGUUCCACAGAGACCGCCUCGCCCUCCAUCAAGUCCUCCACCUCGUCCUCGGUGGGCAUCGAGGUCACUGAGGCCCCUGCUCAUUCGGUCCCACACACCAGGCUCUUCCAUGCGAACGAGGAGGAGGAGCCAGAAAAGAAGGAGGUAUCUGAGCUGCGCUCUGAGCUGUGGGAGAAAGAGAUGAAACUUACAGACAUUCGCCUGGAGGCUCUCAACUCUGCCCACCAGCUGGACCAGCUUCGGGAGACCAUGCACAACAUGCAGUUGGAGGUGGACCUGCUGAAGGCAGAGAAUGACCGGCUGAAGGUUGCUCCCGGCCCCUCCUCGGGCUCCACUCCAGGGCAGGUCCCUGGAUCUUCUACUCUGUCAUCCCCUCGCCGCUCCCUGGGCCUUGCACUCACCCAUUCCUUCAGCCCGGGUCUCACGGACACAGACCUGUCACCCAUGGAUGGCAUCAGCACCAGUGGUCCAAAGGAGGAAGUGACCCUCCGGGUGGUAGUACGGAUACCUCCCCAGCACAUCAUCAAAGGGGACCUGAAGCAGCAGGAAUUCUUCUUGGGCUGUAGCAAGCUCAGCGGGAAAGUUGACUGGAAGAUGCUGGAUGAGGCUGUUUUGCAAGUGUUCCAGGACUACAUUUCUAAAAUGGACCCGGCUGCCACCCUGGGACUGAGCACUGAGUCCAUCCAUGGCUACAGCCUCAGCCACGUAAAACGCGUGCUGGACGCCGAGCCCCCCGAGAUGCCUCCGUGCUGCCGGGGUGUCAGCAACGUCUCAGUCUCCCUCAAAGGUCUGAAGGAGAAGUGCGUGGACAGCCUGGUGUUUGAGACGCUCAUCCCCAAGCCCAUGAUGCAGCACUACAUCAGCCUUCUGCUGAAGCACCGGCGGCUCAUCCUCUCGGGGCCCAGCGGCACGGGCAAGACCUACCUGACCAAUCGGCUAGCCGAGUACCUGGUGGAGCGCUCCGGCCGGGAGGUCACCGAGGGCAUCGUCAGCACCUUCAACAUGCACCAGCAGUCUUGCAAGGAUCUACAGCUCUAUCUCUCAAACCUGGCCAACCAGAUAGACCGAGAAACAGGAACUGGGGAUGUGCCCUUGGUCAUUCUCUUGGAUGACCUGAGUGAGACUGGCUCAAUCAGCGAGUUGGUCAAUGGCGCCCUCACCUGCAAGUAUCACAAAUGCCCGUAUAUUAUAGGGACCACCAAUCAGCCUGUAAAAAUGACACCCAACCAUGGCUUGCACUUGAGCUUCAGGAUGCUAACCUUCUCCAACAACGUGGAGCCAGCCAAUGGCUUCCUGGUCCGUUACCUGCGGAGGAAGUUGGUAGAGUCUGACAGUGACAUCAAUGCCAACAAGGAAGAGCUGCUCCGGGUGCUAGACUGGGUGCCCAAGCUGUGGUAUCACCUCCACACCUUCCUAGAGAAGCACAGCACCUCGGACUUCCUCAUAGGCCCUUGCUUCUUCUUGUCCUGCCCCAUUGGCAUCGAGGACUUCCGGACCUGGUUCAUUGACCUAUGGAACAACUCCAUCAUCCCCUACCUGCAGGAAGGAGCCAAGGACGGGAUCAAGGUGCACGGACAGAAAGCUGCUUGGGAGGACCCUGUGGAGUGGGUCCGGGACACGCUUCCUUGGCCGUCAGCUCAGCAAGACCAAUCCAAGCUUUACCACCUUCCGCCACCCACCGUGGGUCCUCACAGCAUCGCCUCACCUCCAGAGGACAGGACGGUCAAAGACAGCACCCCCGGCUCUCUAGACUCAGACCCUCUGAUGGCCAUGUUGCUGAAACUUCAAGAAGCUGCCAACUACAUUGAAUCUCCAGAUCGUGAAACCAUCCUGGACCCCAACCUCCAGGCAACGCUCUGAGGGUCUUGCAGUCUGUCACCCCAGACAGCAGAAGGCUGGCAUCAGCUUCAUUAGCUCCUCCUCUCCCCUCUUCUCUCAGAGCACUGGCUCUCCAGCCCCACGGGGGAGCAGAGGGAGGAGGAGGGCAGGAAGAGGAGCAGGUUCUUGGUGCUGCACCUUUGAGAACUUCCUAGUAGGGAUUCAUGGGGUGGAGUUUGGAAACUUGCAUCUCCUGGAUAGCUUUCCUGGACUCCUCGUGGUGAUUGGGGCAAAAGAUGAUUCUAGGUCUUUUCCUUGAUUUCUUGUUUCAUCUACAAACUCCUGGGCUUUCUGGGGAGGGGCUCAGAAGAUAUCAAAACAAACAAACAAUUGUAACAGUGCUUAACUGAGUCUCAGGAGCAACUCUGAGAUGGUCACAUGUGGGGAAAUCUGAGGGAGGCAGGAAGUUCUGCAAACUCUUGCAGAUCCUUCCCAAGUCCAUCACCACUGCCAACAACCUUUCCCCCAGAGAUCUGGCCCUUGCCCAGAAAAGAAGCAUGUGGUUAAAAAAAAAUGUAAAUCAACCUAUAAAAGGUAAAAGGCAAUGGAAACAAUGAAGCUGGAGAGAGGAGGCCCAGUUGCCAAGAGAAGA